AUCUUGUAUUGUUGUCAAUUUAAACGCGUGAGGUUAUGAGAUAAAAUAGAACUUAAUUGUACAAUUGUCUAACAAUGAUAAAAAUAAAAAAUGUAAUUGUGUUCUUAUUUUACGAUUAAUUCUUUUUAACAAAAGUUAAAUUAUACUGUUUAAAUAAAGGAACGAGCAUUACUGAUAAAUGUGAUUUGAACAUUUUAUUCACAUAACUUCGUACUUUAGAACUUCAUGUACCGAACGACAUACAAUGUUGAUUGUUUUAGGAAUGCGACAAAUCGAAUCGUUGGAUCAUUUACAUUAAUAUUUUUAUUGAUAUAUUUUAAUUUUUUGUUAUAUUUGCAAAUCAAUCUUCAAUGUCCUCUGCAAAUAUUACUUAAUAUUUAAUCAAUUAUUUUUUGUAACAUGGAAAUUUGUAUGAAUGAAAACAGUGUUAAGCUAUGUUUGCUCGAUACUAUGUGAUUUGUUCGUUAUUACGAAAGAAUUAUUCAGAAAUAUUUACAUUAUGACAACCGUAAAAAACGGUUAAAUAAUUCCAUUUACUUGCAUUAAAAUUCCUGCUAGCAGAAGAAAUUUAUGUCAAGAAUGUGGCAAAUAUUAAAAGUACAAGUACUUUUAGUACUUUGCAUUGGUGCAGCAAUAUCCUUUGCACACAAUUGCUUUUUACAUGGCAAAGAUUAUAGAUGUAAAUUAGGAACAAAAACACCAUACAGAUUUAUAGCUAAUUAUGAUGAUUCUCCUCUUGAAUACUCAGGUUGCACUCCUAAAAAGAUAUGGCUAGUUUUAAGGCAUGGCACAAGGUAUCCUGGCAAAAAGUAUAUACCAUCUAUGAUUGAGAAAUUGCCACAAUUACAACAAACUAUUUUACAUAAUUAUCAAACAGGAAAGACAAGUUUAAAGGACGAAGAUGUAGCUUUAUUGAAGGAUUGGAAAAUCAUUUUCACAGAGGAUGAUGUUAUGAAACUAACAGAGGAAGGUGGAAAUGAAAUGAUUGAUCUUGCAGAAAGAUACCAGUCUAGGUUCCCUUUCCUUAUGUCAGAAGAAUACAGUAAUAAGACUUACAGGUUCAAAUACACUGCCACUCAACGCACAGAGGAAAGUGCAAGAAACUUUGCCACUGGUCUAUUUGGCAGAUACAAAAGUUACAAAGUGCAGUAUCCAGAGGCAGAACACAAGGACCCUGUGCUACGAUUUUACAAACUCUGUGAGCGUUGGCAGCAUAAGGUGCAUAUGAACCCUGAUACACAAAUAGAAAAAGAAAAGUUCUUGAAAAGUGAAACUUACAAUAGGAUGCUGGAGAAUGUUUCUAAUCGUAUUGGGCAUCAGAUUGAUCAUGAAACUGCUAACUUGAUGUAUAUGAUGUGUGGUUUUGAAACUGCAUGGCUACUUGAUGCAGAGUCUCCUUGGUGUAGAAUGUUCACAUUAGAUGAAUUUAAGAUACUUGAGUAUGUUGAGGACUUACAAAAAUAUUGGAUUGAUGGAUAUGGACAUAAAUUAAGUUAUGAGCAAGCAUGUCCUGCGUUGAGGGAUAUGUUUGAUUUUUUCGGGUCAGUUGAUGGUCCAUUGGUAUCAAUAUACUUUACUCAUUCAGGCACCAUUCUAAAGUUAUUGGCUUCAUUAGGAGUUGCUAGAGACGAUCAGCAUUUAACUCACAAUCUAUUUCACUUAUAUGGGAAUGAUAGAGCUUGGAAAACUGGUGUCAUUGAUACCUUCGCAUCUAACAUAGCGUUUGUUUUAUUCAAUUGUUCACAUAGUGGACCUAGUGUUCUUUUCAUGCACCAAGAGCGACCGCUCUAUCUGUCAGGUUGUCCUUUACACUUACCAUGUCCAUUAUCAAUCAUGAAGGCACUUUUUCCUGAUCACGAAGAAGAGUGUCCAUUUAAUGCAAUGUGUGAAAUGGAUGAAAGCUCAUAAUUAUAAAAUACAGAAAAAGUAAGCGCAAAUUAAAUUUUAGUAAAAUAUUCUAAACUACAUUUCUGUAUUGAU